AUGGGGUUUCUACAGAUUGCCUUCUGCAGGGAGUGCUUGGUCCCUGUCCCUGUGUCGCAAUUCCGCGAUAACCAGGGCUAUAAAGGGGUCACGGGGCCGGUGGCCGCAGUCACCGGCCAGGGGAGGGGACAGCAGGACAGGGGACAGCAGGACAGCGCUGCCACCAUGCCCUGCAUUCUGCUCUUCCUCCCUCUCCUCAUCCUCAACCAUGCCAUGGCUGCGUCCAUCAUCACCCCCGCGCUGGCUGAUGGUGACCGGGCACUGCUGGCGGAGCUGGCAGCGCUGGCAGAGCCCGUCCCACCGCGGGCACCGUGCCAAAGCCUCCAUCCUCAUCGCCUCCCCGGCUUCUCCCGGCUGCCAGCGCUGCCCCGCGGGCUGGCCCGCGCUGCCCUGACCCUGGCACUGCUCAAAGCCGGCUGCGCCCCCCAGGCUGAGGCCGAGACAAUGGAGCUGGCACGGGAUGUGGGCACCACCACGGCCGCGGCGCUGCUGCGGGGGCUGGCGCGGGUACCGGGCGCUCCUGCCCCGCCGCCGCCGCUGGCGCUGCUGCUGCUCAGGCUGGCACUGAGCCCGGGGGGCUCUGCCUGUGCAGAUCCCCCCGUGCCAGGCACGGAGCACAACGGCACGGAGCCCGCGCCACCCCCGAGCCGGGAAAACCGGGAAUUCCCGCCGUGCCGCGGCAGGGAGGAUGAGGGUGAGGAUGAGGAUGCCCGCGGCGCCGUGCGGCGGCACCGGGAGGCUGAGGAUGCCUGCAGCCCACUGGGGGAACGGGAGGCGCACCGGGUGCUGGAUUGGGUACCGGGAGUCAGCAUCUUCUACAACCUCGGCACCAGCGUCUACUUCGCCUUCCAGGGCUGCGAAUCCAAGGCGUCCACCCGAGCGCUGGAAGCCGCCGAGGAUUUGGGUUACGCGGGGCUGGCGGCGCUCACCGGCGGUUUGGGGGGCCCGGUGGCCAUGGGGGUGCAGCUGGGGCUGCAGCCGGGGCUCAAGGCCGGGGUGAGGGCGCUCAUCGGGUAUUUCACCUCGGCCGGGGAGCCCUCGCCGGUGCCCACCGCGCACAGCGGCGCCGUGGUUAUCGUGUGA